AUGCGUGGAGACCCUGCUCAGUACAAUCAAACAUUGCGUUGCACCUAUUAUCGAGAGAAGGGACACAAGACGCAAAAUUGCAGAGCUCUCAAACAAUACUUGGAGGACUUAGUUACGGCGGGCCACCUCCAACAAUGGAUAGACGUUGAUAAGACGAGGGAAAAGCAAGGACAAAACCAAACCCCUCCUGAAGAGAACCGUGCCCCAAGGUUGGUCAUCAACGUUAUCCAUGGAAUGGCUGACCCCGAAAGGGAAAAUGCUUUUCGAGGCGAGAUCCAACGAGCCACUCACCUUCAACGAGUCAUGUUAGUGGGACCUCCUCCCAAAAAGUCCAAGACAGAAACCAGGCCUUCACGAUUAAACGUCGUGUUUACCGAGAAGGACCUAGAAGGAAUCCAACACCCCCAUACCGACGCCCUCAUCAUUACAGUUGGUGUAGCCAACAAGUUUGAUGUGAAACGAGUCUUAAUUAACAUCAUGUAUUAUGAACUUUUCAAGAAGCUUGGCCUCAGAUACCUGUCACCUCCCCUGUAG